AUAUUUAUAUUUUUUAAACAUUUAACCCGUUUUUAACCUUGUAUAUUUAACAAUUUUGCUUUGGUUGUACAAUUUUCAGAAAGUAAUGACUCAACGUGAACAAAUUAGAAUAUAAAACUGAGUUAUGGCUUCUUCAACAACACAAAAAUCGGUAUAUGAGAAGUUUGUUUUCGACGACAAUCAAUCAAUUUGAUAUAAGUAUGUUUUGGGCUUAUCUAAAAUUGAAAAAUAGGUGCACACUCCAAAUGCCGGUAGUUGGCUUUACUUUGGGGCUACCAUAGCAACCGUUGCUAAGGAAACACAUUUUCACUGUGUUUGGGUUCCUGUCGGUAAAGUCCUGCUGCAUUGAAGAAAAAACGCAAAAGGAUGACACUGUAUUUCGACACGAAAAUAGAGUUCCUGGACUCGGAUGCAGUUAGCACGAUUAGCAGUUGGCAUCCCAGUGAGCCGCUCUUCGCAGUGGCCUCUUUCAGUCCCGAAAGAGGAGGAUCCGUUACCAUUUUUGCGGAUACGGGUGAGCCCCAGCGCGAUGUAACCUAUCCGGUGCACGCCUCCUCACAGGCAACUGCCCUAUGCUGGCAUCCGGAGAAGGCACUCCUGGCCAGCGGCUGGGAGCACGGAGACAUCCACGUGUGGUUCGCCGGUCACCGGGAGUUCGCAAGCGUGAACGCACCCCACAAGGCGGCCAUCGUCCUGCUGCAGUUUAGCGAGCAGGGAGGACGGAUGGUGACCGCAGAUGCCAUGGGGCUGGUAACCGGAUGGCGCUGCGAUGGUCAGUACCAGUUCCUGACCAUGUUCUCGCACGAUCUGCGGGAGGUGCUGCUCCUGAUCUGCUUCCGACGGACGGUAGAGAGCGAGGUGCGCGAGGAGAUGGCCAAUCUCGCCAAGGCAGCGGUAGCCGGCGAUGAGAACGCUCUGGACACCCUGACCAACUGGAGGCCCAGGACUGCAGCCCGAAGCAUGACCCACUCGGGAGUGAGGGACAACCACUGCUUCUACGCCUGCACCCAGGGAGGGGUGGUGUACUACAUCAACCAAGGAGGCGCGUGCGUGGAGGUGAUGAAGUGCGGCUCCCUGCCGCCCAUCGUCCAGAUGUUGUGGCACCCCAAAAAAGAUGCGGUUAUUUGCCUGAUGGAGGACCUGACAGUGACUCUGUUUUUGGUCGAGUCCACUGGAAUUCUCACGGAGUUGGACCGCGUCAAGAUGAGUGGAAGAGGAGGAGGUCGGCAGGGAGGCAUCACCUGGUCGGGAAACUCUCUGGCCAUCAUCACAGGCGACCUCUUUGUGCGCAUUUGGGAUAUCGAAAGGAGUGACAACUACCUUCUGAAAAUGGAUCUGCCCAGUGGCAACCAGCUGGGUGCAUCCCUGACCAGCUUGAGCAAUGGCACCAUGUCCUCGUCGAACCAGUUUUUCAGCCACGACAGCAGCGAGAGCAGCAGUGUGCCCCGCAAGACGCCAAAGUACGGUCAGAUGAACGGAGAAAUCUUCACCUGCCUGGCCUACAGCUCCACGGGUCAGACCCUGUGUGCGGGAACAUCUCAAGGGAACCUCUUCACCUGGAAAAGGAGUGGCAGCCGGCUGGUGAGUGCCCCUGAGGAUGCCUGGCAGCUGACGAAUAUAUCCUCGGUGCGAGGAGCCAUCCGUAGCUGCGAGUGGGGAUUCAAUGAGCUGGCCAAGCCCUGCAUGCUGGUCAACUGUCUGUCCAACGUGUUCAUGCUGAAGGAGCAGCCUCUUCUGGCAGUUCACACCCGGGAACUCUGGGCAGUUCAGAGGUCGGCAAAAUCGGUGCAGUUGACGCACUGCAGCGGUCGGGAGACCACUGUUCAGUCGGAAUUCGCAGCAACCGCCUUGGCCUUAAACGAACUGAGUCUGGUGAUGAGCAAUGGUAGGAGCAUAUCAUCUUACAGUCUGCAGAAGGUUCUAGAGAAGAGCCCGGACGAGUUUGACGAGAUCCUGGAGAACGUGGAGGGCGCCGCCCCGCCCACAACGGCAUCCACGGCCACUCCUUUGAGUGUGAAGCUUCUCCAGACCUUCCCCGCCGAGUGUCUAUCCUUGGAUCUGUACAACCAGAACAUAUUUUGCCUGGCGAGCAGUGACAUAAUGGUCUACUCCGUGGGAGGAGUGGUGCUCCACCGAAUACAAGCCAGCGAUAUUGAGGGGAAAAUCAUCGGAAUGGAUCUGAGUGGCUGCUAUCUCUCGGUUUUUACCAUGAAUGGCUAUGUGAAAGCCUACGAUGUUUCCCGGCAUGAUCCCAAGCUGCUUUUCCCGAGCAAGUCUGGUCACGACAUCUUCGACGACUUCGGGGAGUUCAUCCUGGUCAAGUGCAACAGUUUGGGAAGCCACUUGGCCAUGGUGAUAGCCAACAGCCACUUCACCCCCAUAUCGGCAUUGUUCUGCUGGGACUUUGAGCGCAACAACCUAUUUGAUUAUGAUUUACUGGAGCAAGAAGCCAGUUCUAAGAAGGAGAUCUCCUCAUCUAGUCUGCCGGUGCGGAUCUUCUGGGAUGCCGAGGAACCGCGACUCCUGGCAAUGGAGGUCAAGUCCAUGAUGCAGAAGAGUGCGCCUCAGAAGAACUCGCCUCAACCCGUGCACUUUGUUCAGUCAAAGAUAUUACUGUUAUUCUACUCGGAGAAAGGAAGUCUCAAUCUUUUGGAAGCGCAACCCAUGAGCCCAGGCUCCCAGUUGUUGAACUUAUGUGUGCCCAACGUGAUCCGGCUAAAGAUCAAUGCAAUGGAGGAGCAACCUCUUCAGGAUUUCGCAGAUCUGCAGCAAUGCGACCCAGUUACAAGGAAGCAAGUCCUGAACUUCAGUCUCUAUGUGGCCGAAGGAAACAUGGAUAUGGCCUACCGCAGCAUUCGCUCCAUUCAAUCCAAAGUGAUCUGGACCAACCUGGCAAAGAUGUGCGUGCACACAAAUCGCCUGGAUGUGGCCAAAGUCUGCAUGGGCCACUUGGAGCAAGCCCGCUCCGUCCGAGCUCUUCGGCAAGCCAUUGAAGAUGAUGAUCUGGAAACCGAAGCCAAGGUAGCCGUGUUGGCCAUCGAACUGGGGAUGAUUGAGGAGGCGAAGGAUCUCUAUCGCCGAUGCAAGCGCUUCGAUUUGCUGAACAAACUUCUCCAGUCCAUUGGCCACUUGGAUGAGGCACUGCAGCUGGCCGAGACCGAGGACCGGAUUCAUCUGAAGCACACUUACUACCAGAAGGCUCAGGAACUGCGGGAAAGAGGCGACAUCAAGGGAGCCCUGGAAUUCUUCGAGAAGACGCAGAAUCCGGCGCAGAAUAUCACGCAACUCCUGCUGGAGAAUCCGGCGGCCAUGAAGCGCUACAUCCAGACCACCAGCGAUCCCAAGCUGCUCAAGUGGUGGGGCCAGUAUAUCGAGAGCUCCGGGGACAUGGAUGCUGCUUUGGCUGUCUACCACAAGGCGGAGGAUUGGUUCUCGCAGGUGAAGAUCCUCUGCUACCUGGGCAAGAUCUCCAAGGCAGAUGCCAUCGCCAGGCAAUCGGGAGACCGAGCUGCCUGCUAUCACCUGGCGAGGCACUACGAGAAUGUGGGAAAGUUCCAGGAGGCCAUUAUGUUCUUCACGCGUGCUCAGACCUUCAGCAAUGCGAUCCGCAUCUGCAAGGAGAACGACUUUCAGGAGGAGCUCUGGACAGUGGCCAGCUCAUCUAGGCAAAGGGACAAGGCUAUAGCAGCUGCCUAUUUCGAGGAGUGCGGGAACUUCAAGCACGCCGUGGAGCUCUACCAUCGAGCUGGGAUGCUUCAUAAGGCCCUGGAGAUGGCCUUCGAGUCGCAGCAGCCGGAAAUCCUGGAGAUCAUUGCUUCUGACCUUGUUCCCGAGUCCGAUGCCGAGUUGAUCAACCGCUGUGCCGACUUCUUCUGCAGCAUCGAGCAAUUUCAGAAGGCUGUGCACUUGCUGGCCAAGACCAGGCACCUGGAGAGAGCUUUGAGCAUAUGCCUGGAGAAGGGCGUGCCCGUAACGGAAGAGCUGGCCGAGAUGCUCACCCCGGAAAAGGGAGAGUUCGAGGAGGGCACGCGAAUCCACAUCCUGGUGCAGUUGGGCGAGCUGCUCCAGCAGCAGGGUGACUACCACAGCGCCACCAAGAAGUUCACCCAGGCCGGGGACAAAAUCCGCGCCAUGAAGAGUCUUCUAAAAUCGGGCAACACGGACAAGAUUAUUUUCUUUGCCAACAUGUCCAGGCAACGAGAGGUCUACAUCAUGGCAGCCAACUAUCUGCAAGCAUUGGACUGGCAAUCGGAUGCCCAGGUGCUCAAGCAUAUCGUGACCUUCUACACAAAGGGGCAGGCCUUUGAUUCCCUGGCUAAUUUCUACGCGAUAUGCGCCCAGAUCGAAAUCGAGGAGUUCCAGGACUACGGAAAGGCUCUGACUGCCAUGCAGGAGGCCUCCAAGUGUUUGGAGAAGCUCAGCCACGCCCAGCACGUCUACAACAAUCUACAGCGCACGGUGGCGGAUGUCAAGGCGAUCCUGGAGAUCCAGCAGGCCCUGCGGGAGGGCGAUCACCAAAUGGUCAUUGGAUCCUGCCGCAGCAUGCUAAUUAAGCCGGAGCUGCCGCCUAUCCGCCACGCCCACAUCUUGUCCAUGCUAGUUCGAGCGCUUGUGUACGCCAAGGACUACUCCGAGGCGGGAAAAGCUUUGAAGCAGCUGGCCGUGAAGGACAGCUCGUGGAGCGCCUCGGGCCUCCUUGAUCGGGCCAUCGUGCACAAAAUAGCUCAGGAAUGCGACUUGGAUUUCGAUCUCAUCUGGAAUUCCGGUCGCCAGGUGACCGCCUCCACAAGCGGCACAGCCGCCACUGGAAUGAGCAGCACAUCGGCCAUGACGACGAGCGAGGAUGACGAGGCCGAUGACGAGGAGAUCACCGAGGAGCUGCAUUAGAUGACUCAGUUUAUGGGCAGUUCACGGCCCAGUUUAUUCCGCAGAGCGGGUAUUUCGUAAACAAGUUAAACAAACACCAUAAAAAGGUACAAUAUUAGCUACUGCAUAUGCACACAAUACUGCAAGUGAAGAACCUGAA